AACAAAACCCUAGAAUUGGGGGAAGGGUUCAUCAGGUCUUCUUCUCUUCUGGAGGCGCGCUGCUCUUCGCGGCAUCUCAAUUCCCACCGCCGCAUCGCGAGAUCUCCGGCCUUUUCUCCUUCCGGUUGAGGAGCAAAGAGCAGCAAUUAUGGCGGCGAAACCCGAGCCGACCCAGUUGGAGAAGGAGCAGAUGUUCGGGAUGAUGGAGAAGGAGAUGGAGUACCGGGUCGAUCUUUUCAACCGACUUACACAGACUUGUUUUGACAAGUGCAUUGAGAAAAGGUAUAAAGAAGCUGAGCUCAAUAUGGGUGAGAACAGUUGCAUUGAUCGAUGUGUUUCGAAGUACUGGCAGGUAACUAAUAUGGUAGGUCAGAUGCUCGGUAACCGGCCUCAGAUGUGAGGCGAGAAGCAGUAGAAGCAUUAGGCCAGACCAUUGUCGCUAUGUUUCUCCACAUUGGUUUUAGAAUGUUACCGAUUGCCAGAAGUACACAGCACGAGUGAGUGUGACCGACUAAUGGAUUGCCCGAAAAGAAAUUGCAAUGUUCCUUUCCAAUGGUGUACCUUCUCCCUGAAUCAUGAACAGGCCACAUGCCUAUAAUAAUUUGGUACAGCUAGACGACGAUUUUUGCUGCGAAAUGAUGCUCUCUUUUGUUAUA